AAACGCAGGCCCGGCUCCGCGUGCGCAAGGGUCGGACCGGCACGUUCCUUCCGCUUCCGGCGCGUAGCUGUUUCCGCUUCCGCUUUGCCGAGCCGCCGGGGCCCCGGUGAGAAUGGAGGCUCACGUGGCUCAAUAUUCCGCUCGGCUCCUGCAGCAGGAAAAAGAGAUCAAGAUCUUGGCUGCAGAGAUUGAUCGACUAAAGAACUUUGGCUGCUUGGAAGUAUCUCCAAGUUUGGAAGGAUUGCGAGACGAAAACACAAAGCUUAAGUACCGGCUAAACGUUCUUCAAAAGAGUCUUCAAGAGGAGAGAAAUAAGUCAGUGAAAAGCAUGAUUAAUAUCAACAGCCGCAUUCAGGAGAUCUUUAGAGAUGCCAUCAAGGCUGCAUAUCCGGAUUUAGAAAACCCCCCACUGGCAGUCACGCCAAGUCAACAGCCCAAAUUUGGGGAUUACCAGUGUAACAGUGCUAUGAGCAUAACAAAGAUGCUUCCCAAAACCAGCGAACAGAAAGUGAGCCCAAGAGAAAUUGCUGAUAACAUUUCCAGAAAUAUUCCUGAAAAUGAAUACAUUGAGAAGGUUGAAAUCGCUGGUCCUGGUUUUAUUAAUGUCCACUUGAGAAAGGAUUUUGUGUCCAAACAACUGAGCAGUUUACUGGUGAAUGGAGUUCAACCACCGGCUAUGGAAAACAGGAAAAAGGUGGUGGUUGACUUCUCUUCCCCUAACAUUGCCAAAGAGAUGCAUGUUGGUCACCUGCGCUCGACUAUUAUUGGAGACAGCAUGUGCCGUCUGUUUGAGUUUGUGGGCUAUGAUGUUCUGAGGUUAAACCAUUUAGGAGAUUGGGGCACCCAGUUUGGAAUGCUCAUUGCUCACCUCCAAGAUAAAUUUCCAGAUUUCCUGACUGUUUCACCCCCCAUUGGGGAUCUCCAAGCUUUUUACAAGGAAUCCAAGCGGAGAUUUGACACAGAGGAAGAAUUUAAGAAGCGAGCCUAUCAAUGUGUGGUCCUACUACAGAGCAAAAGUCCAGACUUCAUUAAAGCAUGGAAACUGAUCUGCGAUGUAUCUCGGAAAGAGUUCCAAAAAAUCUAUGACUGCUUGGACAUUAAACUAAUAGAGAGAGGGGAAUCAUACUACCAAGAUAUGAUGAAAGAUAUUGUGCAAGAAUUUGAAGAAAGAGGACUUGUACAGAUAGAUGACGGGCGGAAGAUUGUGUUUGUCCCAGGAGGCUCUGUUCCUUUAACAAUCAUGAAGUCAGAUGGAGGUUUCACAUAUGAUACAUCUGACUUAGCUGCUCUUAAGCAAAGGCUAUUUGAGGAAAAGGCUGAUAUCAUUGUUUAUGUGGUGGAUAGUGGGCAGUCAGUGCACCUGCAGACAGUAUUCGCAGCAGGUCAGAUGAUUGGCUGGUAUGACCCUGCCGUGACCAGAGUAGUCCAUGCUGCAUUUGGAGUGGUACUGGGAGAAGAUAAGAAAAAGUUCAAAACUCGUUCAGGGGAAACAGUGCGGCUCAUUGAGCUACUGGAAGAGGGGCUGAAACGAUCAAUGGACAAACUGAAGGACAAAGAGCGUGACAAGGUCCUAACUGAAGAAGAACUGAAGGCUGCCCAGACAUCAGUUGCUUUUGGCUGCAUUAAAUAUGCUGACCUCUCCCAUAACAGGAUGAAUGAUUACAUCUUUUCUUUUGAUAAAAUGUUGGAUGACAGAGGAAAUACAGCUGCUUACUUGCUCUAUGCCUUCACUCGAAUCAGAUCUAUAGCACGUCUGGCCAACAUUGAUGAAGUGAUGCUGCAGAAGGCAGCUAGAGAAACAAAGAUAUUACUGGACCACGAAAAAGAGUGGAAACUGGGCAAGUGCAUUCUGAGAUUCCCUGAGAUUCUGCAGAAGAUUUUGGAUGAUCUCUUACUACACACACUCUGUGACUACCUCUAUGAGCUGGCUACCACCUUCACAGAGUUCUACGAUAACUGUUACUGUGUGGAAAAAGACAGACAAACAGGAACGAUAGUGAAGGUGAACAUGUGGAGAAUGUUGCUGUGUGAAGCAACAGCUGCCGUCAUGGCCAAAGGGUUUGACAUCCUGGGCAUCAAACCAGUCCAGAAGAUGUAACUACUUCUGCAUUUGGACCCCUUGUAUUUUACUAAACUAGUUUUCUUAGCUGUCGGAGUGGAGUCUUAUUGAAAACCUACUUUAAAAAUAAAAAAUUGCUAAUGUGUGGAUUGAA